AUGGCGAACGCGAGCCCCGAGGAUCGCGAGAUCAUGCAGAACAAGAUCAUCAAUGAGGAGUACAAGAUAUGGAAGAAGAACAGCGUCUUCCUCUACGACAUCAUGUACAGCCGCGCCCUCGACUGGCCCACCCUCACUACACAAUGGCUGCCAGACGUGAAGGAGAUGCCGGGCAAAUCAUCGCGGAACCACCGUCUCCUAAUCGGCACACACACCUCAGGCCAGCAGCAAGACUACCUUCAGAUCGCACAUAUCAACCUGCCUCCGCCACCUUCUAUGUCUAUGGCGAAUUAUAACGAGAACACGAAAGAGCUCGGCGGCCAUGGGGCGGCGGCCAAAGAGCCAAUCGUCUUCUCAGUCGUUCAGAAGAUCCCACAUCCUGGUGAGGUGAACAAGGCGCGAUAUCAGCCUCAGAACCCAAAUAUCAUUGCCACGUGGUCACCAGACCAGAAUGUCUACGUGUGGGACCGCUCAAGGCACACCUCCGUACCAGGCACUGAAGUCAAGCCUCAGGCGAUAUUGAAAGGACACACUGCAGAGGGGUUCGCGGUCGAGUGGAAUCCAUUUGUCGAAGGUCAGCUCAUUUCCGGUAGCGAGGACAAGACGGUGAAUCUCUGGGACAUGCAGCGCGACUACAAUCGCGACGACUCGACUAUUGCACCUGCACGGACCUUCACUCAGCACUCUGCUGUUGUCAACGACGUGCAGUACCACCCCCAACAUGGCAAGAAUCUCUUCGGCUCCGUUUCAGACGAUCUUACAGUAUGCGUUAUGGACAUCCGAUCGAAGUCGCCAGAUCGGCCCGCUAUCCAUUUCAAGAAUGCGCACAAGGAUGCUAUCAACUCACUGGCUUUUCACCCUAAGCACGACAAGCUCUUCGCGACCGGAUCGGCCGACAAGACCAUUGGUGUGUUCGACCUCCGAUUUCCAGAGCACGGCAAGAUUCACAACCUCGAGGGCCACAAGGACAUCAUUACCAAGGUUGACUGGCAUCCUAUGGAUUCUAGCAUUAUCGCAUCCAGCUCCAACGACCGACGCAUCAUUUUCUGGGAUCUUUCGAAGGGAGGCGCGGAGCAGACGCCGGAAGACGCGGAGGACGGUCCACCAGAGAUGCUGUUCAUGCACGGAGGUCAUACUAAUCGUAUCUCGGACUUUUCUUGGAACAAGAACGAUCCAUGGGUCAUGUGCUCGACUGGCGAGGACAACUUGGUUCAGGUUUGGCGAGCGAGUCGGCAUCUGGUUGAGACUAUGCCCGCGAGCGUCCAUAGGAGGGAGGUGAGCGCGUCAUAGGCUGGCGUAGAGACUGAGCAGAUGGCUACUACAGAAAUUGUGCGCAUCAAGGGAGAGGUGAGCGCGUCAUAGGCUGGCGCGAGGACUGAGCAGACGGCUACUACAGAAAUUGUGCGCAUCAAGAGAGAAGAAUUGGAAAAUUAGGGGCACAUCGUCCAACAGCAAUUGCAUCGCAAUCAUCACGAAUAGCGCAUAGCACGGAGUAUCACACGAAAGCAGCACCGCAGAUGCCGUGCCCUGCUGCUGAGGACUCUGCCUGGCAGAUUGGAGAAGCGUGCGCGAAGCGCUGGGCCUCGAAUAUCAAAUAUGGAGAUAAUGAUGAUUCAUCUCACCAUACGGAGUAACGAGUAGAGAUUGGAACAUGAGAGGCUGUCGCGGCCUUGAGAUAAGGGUCUGGAGAGUGCUAGAAAAGCAUUAUCAGGAAGAUGAAUGGCUGCAGAGCGCCUACAGUAAAAUAUCAAGUUCUUGCAU